CCUCACCCCCUUUUUUAUUUUAUUUUCCCUGCCGCCCGGCGUCUGGGCCAUUUUCCGAGCCGGGCGUACCCGGGCGCGCGGCCCCGGGGCCCAGUAUAUGACCCGACGCCUUGCAACCCCUCGCUUCCCCCGAAGCCCCAUGUGGCUGCGGGGCCGCGGCGGCGCUGCCCACUAUGGCCCGGAAAGCAGUUAGCAGGAAGCGGAAAGCGCCUGCCUCGCCGGGAGCCGGGAGCGACGCUCAUGGCCCGCAGUUUGGCUGGGAUCACUCACUUCACAAAAGGAAAAGACUCCCCCCGGUGAAGCGAUCCUUGGUUUCCUACCUGAAGAACCGUGAAGUCCGGCUCCAGGAUGAAAGCAACUACUCUCGGGUGCUGCAUGGAUAUGCUGCACAGCGACUUCCUAGUCUCCUGAAGGAGAGAGAGUUUCACCUCGGGACCCUUAACAAAGUGUUUGCAUCUCAGUGGCUGAAUCAUAGACAAGUGGUGUGUGGCACAAAAUGUAACACGCUCUUUGUAGUGGAUGUCCAGACGAGCCAGAUCACCAAGAUUCCCAUUCUGAAGGACCGAGAGCCUGGAGGUGUGACCCAGCAGGGCUGUGGUAUCCAUGCCAUCGAGCUGAACCCCUCUCGCACACUGCUGGCCACGGGAGGAGACAACCCCAACAGUCUCGCCAUCUACCGGCUGCCUACGCUAGACCCCGUGUGUGUGGGAGAUGAUGGACACAAGGACUGGAUCUUUUCCAUUGCUUGGAUCAGUGAUACUAUGGCAGUAUCUGGCUCACGUGAUGGUUCCAUGGGGCUCUGGGAAGUGACCGACGAUGUGCUGACCAGAAGUGAUGCAAGACAGAAUGAGUCCCAGGUCCCCGAGUACGCUCACAUCACGCAUAAGGCCUUAAAGGAUAUCCCCAAGGAGGACACAAACCCUGACAACUGCAAAGUCCGGGCUCUGGCCUUCAACAGCAAGAACAAGGAAUUGGGAGCAGUGUCUCUGGAUGGCUACUUUCAUCUCUGGAAGGCUGAAAAUACACUGUCUAAGCUCCUGUCUACCAAACUGCCGUACUGCCGCGAGAAUGUGUGUCUGGCCUAUGGUAGCGAGUGGUCCGUGUAUGCCGUGGGCUCCCAAGCCCAUGUCUCCUUCCUGGACCCACGGCAGCCGUCGGGCAACGUGAAGUCUGUGUGCUCCAGGGAAAGAGGCAGUGGGAUCCGCUCCGUGAGCUUUUACGAGCACAUCAUCACCGUGGGCACAGGCCAGGGCUCCCUGCUGUUCUAUGACAUCCGAGCUCAGAGAUUCCUGGAAGAGCGGCUCUCGGCCUACGGGUCCAAGCCCAGACUCACAGGGGAGAACCUGAGACUAACCACAGGCAAAGGCUGGCUGAAUCAUGACGAAACCUGGAGGAAUUACUUCUCGGACAUUGAUUUCUUCCCCAAUGCUGUUUACACCCACUGCUACGACUCGUCCGGAACGAAACUUUUUGUGGCAGGAGGUCCCCUCCCUUCAGGGCUCCAUGGCAACUAUGCUGGGCUCUGGAGUUAAUGACUACUAACUCGCCCCCAAAAUGCAGAGAUUUACACUAACUUCCACCCUCAGUUUCCUUGCUUCUCUCUCUCUUUUUUUUCCUCCCCCCAAUUGUGUGAGGCCCUUGCUUUAGUGGGGACUCCAGAGUCACCCACGUGGUUUAGGCACCUGACAGGAAGAAGCGCUGUACUGGAUUCUGAACACUUUUUGGGUCCCCUUUCCCUUUUUUGGGCAAUCAGCAUCUUACUUGACUCUUUUUCUUUCUGACUUCUCAACCAAAUGUUGCUGUUGAAUCCCUUUUUUCUUCUUCUUUUUUCUUUAUGUGACACACUUGUCCUCCCAGCCUCCCUCGGCCGACUCGUCCUCCUCACCCGUCCUUCCCCGGGGGAGCAGGGGCUCCUUUCUAAUUCUCCGGUCGCUGUCAGGCUUUCCGUGAAAGCCCGGCGGCUGUGUGUGCGCGUGUGAACCUGUGUGCUUGCCUGUGAGUGCCGUGUGUCACUGAGAUGACCAGGAGUGAGGGUUACUUGUAAUUAAAAUAUUUAUAAAAGAAACAACUCUA